UAUAAUAAUUCACACCUGUGAUGGUAACACCUUGCACAUAUGCUAUAUAUAUGAGCAGUGCCCCAUUCCAUUCUUCAGGUGCCAACGGCGGGAAAUCGAUUAUUCCCACCCUUGAAAAACCCUAAUAAACAAUUCUCUCAUUCCCCAUACAAAGAAGGAAAGUGAGAAGAAAAUCAUUUCACCUUUUCUUUCGCUCCCAAUUCUUCGCCAUGGCUGCUGCUGCAGCAUUCCAUUCCUCCGCUGAUUUAUCGCUCUCAUCAGAUGAAAACGACGGUGUGAAGCUGAACCCGGCGUUAGAAGAGCGUGAAGAGGAUGAAUUUCAGAGGGGAAAUGCUCCUCUCAAGUACAUACCUCUUUGCGACGUGUACUCCGCUACUUCUCCUUGUGUCACCGCCACCGGAUCGAAAAAGGUCAAGGCUGCUGCCCGUAAACCACCACAAAUCAAUAGCCAUGAUCAAUUGAAAAACCGCCGGAUCGCCGUGACGACUCAGUUGCCUCAGGUUUACUUAAGGCGGCGGAAGAGAGAAGGGGACAAAAGCUCUUUUUUUGGGUCGUUGAGAGUGCCGGGUUCAGAUGUAAAAACGGAGGAAUUGGAGGUUGACGGAGGAAUGGAGAGUGGAAUUAAGAGGAGGCGAGUAGAUAACAGUGCGGAGUUGAUGAAAUUGGGGGUUGAGUGUAAGGCAUCAAGUAAAUUAGAUGAUCAAAGGCAGAUGAGUGAUGGUUUAAAAAAAAUUAAUUGUAAUAAUAUUAGGAAAAAUAGGAACUUUAAAAGCAUUCUUAAUAAUGGUGAGAGCAGAAAGCGGAAAAAUGAUUGCUUAGAAGAUGAUUCAAAAAAUUCAGAAGCUUUACGAUCAAAAAAAUGGGUCUGGCUGAGUUUCAAGGGCGUCGAUCCAAAGAAAUUUAUUGGGCUACAAUGCAAGGUGUACUGGCCGCUGGAUGCAACUUGGUAUUGUGCUUGUAUAGUUGGUCACAAUUCCGAGACUGGCCGUCACCAUGUGAAGUAUGAGGACGAAGAGGAAGAGAAUCUGAUUUUAUCCAAUGAACGAAUCAAGUUCCAUAUCUCCUUUGAGGAGAUGCAAAGUUUGAAGUUGAAAUUCCGAGAAAAAAGCUCAGAAGCUGAUGGCAUUGAUGUGAAUGAAUUGAUGGUUUUGGCGGCUAGUUUGGAUGAUUGCCAGGAGACUGAGACUGGGGAUAUAAUCUGGGCUAAACUUACUGGACAUGCUGCAUGGCCAGCAAUUGUUUUGGAUGAAUCACAUGUGGGUGAACGUAAAGGUCUGAACAAAGUCUCUGGAGAGAAAUCAGUCCUAGUACAAUUCUUCGGUACCCAUGAUUUUGCUAGGGUGACGCGGAAGCAGGUUAUCUCUUUCCUCAAGGGCCUUCUUUCGUCCUGUCACUCAAAGUGCAAGAAACCAGCUUUUGUUCGAGGAUUGGAGGAAGCAAAAAUGUAUCUUAGUGAACAGAGGCUUCCAAGAAGAAUGCUGCAGCUAAGAGAUGGUGUUGAUGCUGGUACGAAUGGUACUGGAAGUGGAGAGCAUGAAAAUGCUGCUGAUUCGGGUGAUGAAGAGUGCACGAGCCAUGAUGAGAUAAGCAAGAAACUUGAAGAUCUUAAAAGCUGCCCAUUAGAAGAUGGAGAGUUGCAAAUAAUAAGCUUUGGAAAAAUUGUGAAAGACACCACUAAUUUCCAAAAUGAGAGAUUUAUAUGGCCCGAGGGAUAUACUGCGGUGAGGAUGUUUCCUUCAAUAACAGAUCCAAGUUUGCAUACCUUAUAUAAGAUGGAAGUACUGAGAGAUAUUGACUUGAAGACCAGACCUUUGUUUAGAGUUACAACACAUGAUGGAGAAGAGUUUAAUGGACCGACUCCAUCUGCUUGCUGGAGUAAAAUAUACAAAAGGAUUAGGACAGUGCAAAUCAGGAAUCGAGACUAUAAAGCUGAUCAGAGUUUUGCUUCUGGUUCAUAUAUGUUUGGUUUUGCGCACCCGAAAGUUUCUAAACUCAUAAAGGAGAUGUCAAAUUCCCAGCCAUCUUCAAAAUCUUCCCAGGUGGCAUCUAGGAAAACCAAAGGGGUUCCUAUUGGUUACAGGCCUGUCCAUGUGGAAUGGAGGGACCUUGAUAAGUGCAAUGUGUGCCAUAUGGAUGAGGAGUACGAGAAUAAUUUAUUUCUUCAGUGUGACAAAUGCAGGAUGAUGGUGCAUGCUAGAUGCUAUGGAGAACUUGAGCCUACUGGUGGUGUUCUUUGGCUAUGCAACUUAUGUCGUCCGGGAGCUCCUGAAUCUCCUCCUCCAUGCUGCCUGUGUCCUGUAGUAGGAGGUGCGAUGAAGCCUACCACAGAUGGACGUUGGGCUCAUCUUGCUUGUGCCAUAUGGAUACCAGAAACCUGUUUAUCUGAUAUAAAGAAAAUGGAGCCCAUUGAUGGACUUUGUAGAAUCAAUAAGGACCGGUGGAAGCUGUUAUGUAGUAUCUGUGGUGUUUCUCAUGGAGCGUGUAUUCAGUGCUCAAACAACAAUUGCCGUGUGGCAUAUCAUCCUCUCUGUGCACGUGCUGCUGGCUUUUGCCUUGAGCCUGAGGAUAUGGACGGACUGCAUUUGGUACCUUUCGAUGAGGAUGAGGAGGAUCAGUGCAUUCAACUACUUUCUUUCUGCAGGAAACACAGGCCCACAUCUAAUGAGCGUUUGCCUUAUGAUGAGCAAGUUGGACAAAAAGCUAUUGAACUUGCAGACUAUAUUCCACCGACAAAUCCUUCUGGUUGUGCUCGUGCUGAGCCCUAUAAUUUUCUCAUGAGGCGAGGGAGAAAUGAACCUGAAAAUCCUGCUGCUGCAUCAAAGCGCUCGUAUGUGGAGAACCAGCCAUACUUGCUUGGUGGAUGCAGGCCCCAUAUGCCCUUGUGGAACAAAAUGUCUUCCAAUGAACCUGGUGGUUCUAGAUAUUCCGUUGAUCUUACGAAGCUGCAGGCCUCUCGACUUGAUCCAUCUGGCAAGAUUCUUUCAGUGGCUGAUAAGUACAAUUACAUGAGGAAUACCUUUAGAAAGAGACUGGCAUUUGGAAAGUCUCGUAUACACGGUUUCGGUGUCUUCACUAAACUUCCACAUAGAGCAGGAGAUAUGGUGAUCGAAUAUACAGGGGAACUUAUUCGGGCUCCAGUGGCUGACAGAAGAGAACAUUUGAUAUACAAUUCAUUAGUGGGUGCUGGAACUUAUAUGUUCCGAAUUGAUGAUGAACGUGUGAUAGACGCCACCAGGGCAGGAAGCAUAGCGCAUUUGAUUAACCACUCAUGUGAACCAAAUUGCUAUUCUAGAGUGAUUAGUGUCAAUGGUGAUGAUCACAUCAUCAUAUUUGCGAAACGAGACAUUGAGCAGUGGGAAGAACUGACUUAUGAUUACAGGUUUUUCUCAAAGGACGAAAGGCUAGUCUGCUACUGUGGAUUCUCACGAUGUCGCGGCGUGGUAAAUGAUAUCGAUGCUGAAGAGCGUGUAGCAAAGCUACUUGUACCCCGCAGCGAAUUGAAAGACUGGCAAGGGGAAUAGGAGAGAUUGCUCUGUUGAUGGCAUCAUGGACUUGAAGAUCCAUUCCAAAGAUAGAUGUCCUCAACAGCAGCUGAAUGUGUCUCGAGGCUGUGCGCGCUGGUGACUCGUUUGGCAAUUAA